GGGGCGAGAUGGUCCAAGUGGUUAGAGCGCGGAUUUACUGACCGAAAGGUCCGUGGUUCGAAUCCGACCUCCGCCACUCGACUUCCCCUGUCUAGACUUGGGCAACCUGGCAUUAUCCCAGCCCUCGUGCUUCCUUCGGGUGGCAUGGCAGCUAGGCACCGGAAGGGUGCUACAGUUGAACACUUUCUUUCUUUCUUUUUCACAAGAAGCUUCCCUGUUCAACUCCUUUUGGACAAGCUUUUAGUGGCUUGCCCAAAUUCUCAGUUCUGCAAUGUUGUCCUUGAACGUUCCGGCCUGGAAGAACAUUUGCGUGAGCGCUGCCCAGGAUCACCGGGUUGUUGUCGCAGCUUUGAUGAUUCUUCUUUGACGCGUCACCGGCACACUUCCACCAAGGAGCGUUUUCCUCCCAUAUCUGCACACAUUUCGGGGGCAGUUGGAUCGGCCUCUUCAACGGUAUCGAGGAAGGCCAUUGGUUCCACACAGUCUCCAUUGACUGGUUCUCGACGCACUGCCGGAUUCACACCGCGUCUGCUCGCCGGCAGCCAUACGAGUCCGUUCCAGCCUGUUCAUGUCCUUCAAUCAUGUGAUCGCGUGAGACCGGACGUAAAACUGCCACUAUCUGAUAUUGAUGAAACCUAUGACGCACCUGUGGUCAAAGAAGGAGUACCUGUUUCUGUCGUUAUCCGCCGAUCACCCGGAUGUGCUGAUUUGGGAUUUACGUUUGUCGGUGGCGUGGACACACCACUAUCAUGUGUUCUGAUUCAAGAAAUCUACCUGGACGGAGCGGUUGCACUUGAUGGGCGACUCCGACCGGGAGACCAAAUUCUUGAGCUGGGAAUAAUUUUACCAGUCCUCUUUUCAUCCUGUUUUCUUCGUCUUAACACAUCUCUGUGUCGUUUAUGUUACUUCCCGGAACGCCUCGAUUCGAGAUCCACUUCUUUGAAUUUGUGCACCAGGCCGAGUAUGUAUUCGGACAUCCUUGCUUCACACCAUGAACAUAAAAACGACGUGAAAGUGGUUUUUCUAGCGCCAUUUUUGGGCAUUAUUAGAGCCCGUUUGAUUAAGGGGGCUAAGGUGACUCAGUGGUUAGAGCGCAAAUUUACUGAACGGAAGGUCUGUUGUUCGAACCCGGCCUCUACAUCUCGACUUCCCCUGUCUAAGCUUGGGCGACCUAAUAGUAUCCCACCCGUCGCGCUUCCUUCGGGUAGCAUGGCAGCUAGGUACCAAAAGGGUGUUACAGCUGAACGCUUUUUUUGUUUGAUUGAGUUGGUAUUGAUUGUUACGCCUGGUUUUUUUUGU